AUGAUCAAGAACAUAGUCUGUUUUGUUGUUUUGGGUUUCGUCUCAAUUUCAACAGCGAAUCCAUUGCUUGGUUUUCAAAGAAAUGAUUUUUUGGAGGCUAUAAUUGAAGAUAGCUUGGAUUGUCUACGCGUUUUAAUCAGAGAUGGCGUGCCUGAAUUAGACAUUCCAAGCUUAAAUCCAAUCAUAAUUGAAGACCAAGAUAUAAACUUUAACGAUUCUUUAAUCACAGGAAAUUAUAAAUUAAAUUCGUUGAAGCUUGAAGGUGUACCUAAUUUUGAAACAAGAAAAAUUAAAUUUGAAGGUUUCGAAUUGAAUUUCAAUUUUUACGCAAAUCUAUCUUUGAAAGGAUUCUAUUCUGGCGAAGGUUUGAUUGAAAAUAACCUGCCUCUAAAUGGAAUUGGAGAAAUUGAUUUAAACGCUGAAGUCUUUAUUGAUGGUAGUACUGGAUUUUUGAUAAAAGACGGAUUAAAGUUAAAUGAUUUUCAAAUUUAUUUAGCAAUUAUUCCUAACAUGAAAGUGACUGGAAGCCAGGAAAACGAAGAAGUUUGUGCAAUUUUCAGUGAAAAGUUGAAUGAAAAAUUCAAUAAGGAUAUCAAUAAUAAUCGAGAAUCAAUCAGCCAGAUCCUCAGUCCAAUUGUUGAACAGUAUCUCAAUAAGUUCACAAACAUUACAUCAACUCCAGAAAUAGGAGAAAUGCUGGAAAUUAUUGUUAGGAAAUAUAAUUUUAUUAUGAUGGCAGCUGUACAAAUCUUAGCUCUACUCCUGCUGGCUCUUUGCAGUCAUGCAGCGGAUGAUCUGCAAAAGGAAAACCAGUUUAUUGAUAAAUAUCUGGACAUUGAAUUGUUACCUGAUCCAUUAGAAAUUGCUGACAUUGACUUAACUUUGACCGAAGAUUUAAUUGCUGGAAAAUUGAAAACCAAUGGCUUAGUUCUUACAGGUGGAAAAGCUUUAAAACUUGACAUUGUAGAUUUUAAAGAUUUUAGUGGUAAUUUAAAUUUGCAUCUCACUGGGAAUUAUUUUGCUGAUGUUUUGAUUCUGAAGCUUGUACCAAUCACCGGAGAAGGCGAUUUAGAUAUCCAAGCUGCCAUUAACCUUGCUGGUCAUUUAGAUAUGAGUGGUGAUUAUAUGCUCAAUUUUUCUGAAUUCAAAGUAAUCCCAAUAAUUAAAAUCACUGGAUUAAAGGGAGAUGAACGUAUGAGUAAGCUGAUUAGUCGUCAGUUAACUGACCUUGUUACAGAACUCAUAAUUGAAUUUGAACAACCAAUUUGCAAGUUUCUAACUUGUUUCAUUGAAAAGAAGGAUCUUAACCUGUGCUUAUCUGGUUCUACAACUAACUUCUAUUCUCAGUUGCAAAACAUUUUAAUUGCAAAAUAAGUUGAUUUUAAAUUAAUCUAAUAUUGUUA